AUUAUCGUGAGCGGUGUUUGGGAGCGCUGCUCCUGCGGUGACCCGGAUGUAGCGGCGCUCUACCUCCACUCGUCUGAUCCUCUUAUCAGCGAAAGGCGGUCGAGAUGGAUGUUGUCAACCAGCUGGUCGCCACCGGGCAGUUCACAGUCUUCAAACAGCCAUUAGGAUUUAUUAAAGCCUUACAAUGGAGACUGCACCAGGUAUGGUUUGAUGCUCCUACGUGUAAAGGGCCGGAGCCUGAACGGCUGUUUCUGGAGGGAGACAACUCUUCAUCUGCUGAGUUCUUUGUCACCAUUGGUGUCUUUUCCUUCCUUUAUUCAAUGGCAGCCAUUUCUGUGUACAUCUUCCUCCUGGAGAAAUACCGUGAGGGAAACAGAGGAGCUCAGGCUGAUUUUGUGGUGACAGCUAUUUUUACCUUUAUGUGGUUGGUGAGUUCAUCGGCGUGGGCCAAAGGUCUCUCGGAUGUGAAGAGGGCCACUGACCCUGAUGAGAUCAUCGACCUCAUCCCUGCAUGUGACCACGAGGAAAACCGCUGCAAAGAAAUCCAUGAGCCCGUGGUGUCCGGCCUAAACACAUCUGUGGCGUUUGGCUUCUGUAAUGUGGUGCUGUGGGCAGGGAACCUGUGGUUUGUCUUAAAGGAAACCGGCUGGCUUGCUGCCUUUGCCGGCACUUACAUGCCCUCAGGAGAGAAGCAGCCAGCACCAGACUCCUCCGGCCAAGGCUAUGGACAAGAAGGUUAUGGCCAGGACCCUUACGCCAGCUCUCAGAUUGGGUACCAGCCCGACUACAGCCAGCAGGGCGGUGGAUACGAAGGUGGAGGCUACAACCAGUAUGGUCAGGGUGAGCCCACCUCCUUCUCCAAUGAGAUGUGAGCUCAAGCUCUGCACUGAUCACAGCAAGAGGAUGGGCAUGUGAUCAGCCAGCAUGGAAAUACUAGCUAUGUUUCCUCUCUCUUCAGUCUUUCUUUAUGAGCAUUGGGUUUAAAAGGAAGGGGUGGGUGAGGGCUAAAGCACAUUUAAGAAAUGUUAUAGCAGGGUUGUUACUAAAUCAUAGCCAGGAGAAAAUGCUUUGGACCCGGGAGGAAGUGAGGAUCCUGAUUUCAACAUACUGUCUAUCACAUCGAAUCCAGCGGGAGAUCAUCUGUCCUAUUAUGAUGAGGAAAAACUUGAAUAUGCUACCAAAAAAUGAAUGACACCUAUGAUAUAUGCUACAUAUGUUGAGCUGUUUGAAUGAAUUAUAGUAAUAUUAUACUGAAUGUGUUUCUGUGUGAUGUAAAUAUGAAUUAUAUUUAAAUAGAUAUGCUGUAUUGUGAAUUUAACUGUCGCUUUUUUUGUGAUUUCACUUGUAGUCUCCACAUUUGUUUUGUUUUUAUUUAUUGUAGUGGUGUUUUCCCUGUAUUCAUUCAACCCACAGUACUGACCUUAAACCUCCUAUUGAAUGUGUUUUUCUUUUUUUAUUUGUGUGAAACUUUCUUUUAAGGUUCAUGAGAGCACGAAGAUUAAAUAGUAUCAAAUAGUAAUGUGUCAAUCACUACUAAAAGUGUUAACAAAAGUCAGUAGACAUAAAUCUGGUAGGGAGAGAAACUGAGGAACACU